CGAUUUCGAAUUCAAGUAUCCGCCAUUUUGGUGAUCAUACUUCUUUAGUUGGAGAUCAAGAGGCCCUGUUUACUACCCCCCAAAAGUUCCUUCACCAUGGGGAUUCUUGAGAAAAUUGCGGAAAUAGAGAGAGAGAUUUCAAAGACCCAAAAGAAUAAAGCAACUGAAUAUCACCUGGGUCUCCUCAAAGCCAAACUUGCUAAAUACAGGUCCCAGCUUUUGGAACCAGCUAAAUCUGCAGGCGCCAAGGGUGAAGGAUUUGAUGUUAUGAAAUCUGGAGAUGCUAGAGUUGCUUUGAUUGGAUUUCCAUCCGUUGGCAAGUCAACAUUGUUGAAUCUGCUGACUGAUACAGCCAGUGAAUCUGCAUCAUAUGAGUUCACAACGCUAACCUGCAUCCCUGGAGUCAUCGAGUACAACGGUGCCAAUAUACAGCUUCUUGAUCUGCCUGGCAUUAUUGAGGGAGCAGCACAAGGAAAGGGAAGAGGAAAGCAGGUGAUAGCGGUGGCAAGGACAGCUGACCUGGUCAUUAUAAUGUUAGAUGCAUCUAAAGGCGAGACCCAAAAAGCUUUAUUGGAAAAAGAACUUGAAACAUGCGGAAUACGACUUAAUAAAAGAAAACCAAAUAUUUAUUUCAAGAUUAAAAAGGGCGGUGGCAUCGCAUUCAACUCAACCUGCACUUUGACGCAACUAUCAGAAAAACUAGUGAUGAUGAUUCUUCAUGAAUACAAAAUAUUUAAUGCAGAAGUGCUUUUUCGAGAAGAUUCUACUGCAGACGAUUUCAUAGAUGUUAUUCAAGGUAACAGAAUCUACCUUCCCUGCUUAUAUGUCUACAAUAAAAUUGAUUGCAUUUGCUUGGAAGAAGUUGACCGUUUGGCGCGCCUAGAAGAUUCAAUUGUUAUCAGCUGUAAUAUGAAUUUGAAUUUGGACUACCUCCUGAAGAUGACUUGGGAAUACUUGGCAAUGGUACGCGUAUAUACCAAGAAGCGAGGAGAUCCACCAGAUUUUGGUGACCCAAUCAUCCUGAGAACAGGUGCUUCUGUUGAACAUGUGUGCCAUCGGAUACACAGAACACUUACAGAUCAGUUCAGAUAUGCUCUUGUAUGGGGGACAAGUACAAAGUAUAGCCCUCAAAGAGUUGGUAUUUCACAUUCCAUUGCAGAUGAAGAUGUUAUUCAAAUAAUGAAAAAGUGAAAAUAAUUUUGAACUAUAAAUAUUCAUAGAUCACUCUGUUGCUAUCUAUGUUUUUAUCAGAGAGGAAACACAUCAAUCAAACAGAGUGUCCUGAAGGAAGUUAUUUGGGAUAUGAUGUGUACGCUUUGGUAUGUCUGUAAAAGUUGAAAAUGAGAUUUUGGCUAUUUAGUAUUGAUCAAAUGACAUAAAAUUAUGCAAAUUGGUUUCAUUUAGAAUAAAUGCAGUACAUUGAAUUAUCAUUGAUAAAAAAUAUUGCUAAAUUUUGUUUGCUACAUAUCCCUCCCCAGUUUCUAUUCCUUCAGCAUGUAACUAGGAAGAAACAUACAGUUAAGGCAACAUCAAAAAAUGAGUAUUUUUGUUCCUCUAGAUUAAAACUAAAAGAUUAUAUCUUCACUCUGAGAGGGACUUUGACAAAAACAAAACAUUUUUAUGACAUAAAAAUUAAAACAGCUUAA